CGCAAGUAUGUUGUGCAAGGUGCCGCGAACAACGACAUCUUUUAUCUGCAAGAGGUGCCUUCUUCAGACUGUGUGGGAUGCCUCGGAACUCCAAAUCGAUCCUUCACUAUGUCGAUGUCACACCCGUAUGGUCUUGUGAUGGUCUUCCACCGCCCUGUCCGACUUCAAAGCGGUCUCAAGGGCUGUUUCUGCUGUUGUCUUGCACAGGAGAUGGAGAUCGAAGGUCCUCCUGGAAGAAGAAUAGCAUUUAUUUCGGAGGACUGUUCCAUAUGGGGUACCUCCCUGACUAUCCGUGAUGCAAGGGGUACGGCGGCACUAAAGUUGAUUGGUCCAGCUCUUCCUGACUACUUCAACUACAGGAAUGUGACAGUAUUCAAGGUGCAAACUAUGGCUGGCACUACAGUGGCAGAGAUAAGGACCAAUGGGGUAGCCACUGUCUUCUUCCCCAUUAGCUUGGAUGUCUAUAUCAAAGGGUGCCUCAUCGCUUCCUCAAUUUUGAUUCCCUACCCUUAGUGCACAGAAAGACUCAGCUUCGCACCUCGCUCACAAAAAUAGGAAGCAAUCAGCCACACUCCACAAGAUAUAGUGACUGGGAGAUAUGUACAGGAAGAAGAUACCUCUAAGAAGGAGGAGCUAGUAUACACCGUACACACCUUUCACGUCGACCUUCAGAACUUGGACGGAGCCACACGUUACUCGCAAAGAAAAGUUAUCCGCACUACCUAGGAAAACGAAUUCGAGUUACUUCGUCCCUACUUCAUGGCCUUUGUUGCCUUUGUGCCAUUAAACCCAUAACCUCUCUCUCUCUCUCUCGUCCCUACUUCGUUCAAUUAUAGAGUGGUACGUACCAAACGUUGAGCGCAAUUUAAAGAAGCAUGGGAAUCAUUUGGAAUCGCUUGAUAUGAACAUACUAGCUUCAUAAACUGUUACGCAAAAUAUUUACUUCGAAAAGCGCGAAUUUCCUGAGAAAUUAGUUUGCGAUGCGCUCCGUGGCGACAGUCUCCCCCAAGCCGAGUCUGGCGUGUGGUGACGUCAGGCGUCCGAGCACUUCAUUGGUUGCCAGAAGCGUCCGCUCCCCGCCAGAAUCGUCUGCUAGCUCAGGAAUCAUGGCAACUUACCGACUGAGACGCUGUUGCUAUGUAUUUGCGUUUGACAUUCACUUGCUUUCUUACAUGAUUUGUCUCGUACGUUUUGCAUAAAACAAGACUGCGGGCAAUGUUAAAGUUGUGGCCAGGCCUCUGUGUUGCAGUGACAGCCCGGGUUGAGGUGGAUCGUACGUGGUUGUGAUUUCUGUUCCGAUUGUGCUGAGGUGUCGUUCAUUAGCGAACAGUAUUGUGCCUGUGUGUGCGGCAUAUAUAUGAUACGACUAAAUACAUUCCUGUCAGUUGGAGAUUUAUUCCAUGUGUCAUGGUUGUAUGCUGCGUAUGACCAUUA